CUGCAAAUUACGUCAUCGGCCUUCCCCUCCACAGUCGUCAUGUCGCAGCCACCCAUGAUCGCCCUGUUCUCGAACAGCAGCUGCUUUCAACACCGCCGCGAAUCCGACCCGAUGGCCACCGAUUCUCACCCGCCAACCGUUCCUCCGACUGCGCCACUCGCCAGCACAGCGCUCACUCCCGCCGCCCCCGCCGCUCCUGCGGCCACCGUUCCUUCCGCCACCGCCCCUGCACCCCCCACAGCAGCACGCACGCCCUACCCCCCACCGCACUACCCAAGCAGCCACUUCGUCCUCGCGGCGGGCACGCUAUGCUUCCACCCGUCUUCGCGGCGCGUGCUGUUAGUGAGCGACACCUCGCCUCGGGGGGGCAAGACAUUCUUCCUUCCGCGGGGGCGCAAAGACAUCGGCGAGACGCUCUCUUCGUGCGCGAUCCGCGAGACGCUCGAGGAGGGCGGGUACCACGUGCGGCUGCUGCCGACUUACAACGCGACUUCGCAGCCGCUCGCUGCGCCGCAGCUGCAGGAGCAGAAGAAUACGGAGCCGUUUUGGAUCGCGCUGCAUAACCUUGCGGGGAGAAGGUUGUAUCUCUGUCAUUACUACUUGUGCGAGGUGCUGGGCGCGCAGCCGGAGAGGGAGGAGGACUAUGGCAAGAGGUUCGUGGGCACGCAUGAACAGAAUUAUGAUGCGGACCUGAUUGGCGUCGAUGAGGCGGUGGGAAUGCUGAGUGGGAACGCGAUUGUUAUGAGGGAUGGUCUGCCGAGGUGGGCGAGGGAUGGGACUGAGGUCACGUGGGAGAAUGUGGGCGGUUCGACUUACCUCGAGGCGUUCCUGGUGGCGCUUGGGUGGCGCACGGUGGUGGAGGCGGGUUGGGAUGAUGACUGAGGAGCUGCGAUGGAUGUGGCGCAUCGGUUGGUGUUUGCACUGAUUGCAUGGCUUUUGCUGGACUUGUGUGUACAAUGUAGGUACUGCACAGGUUUCUGAUCGACUAUACGAGAUAGUAUUCCCGUGAAGAGAAGGGCGAAGAGCGUACCAUUCGUAAAAGUGAUGUGAAG